UCCUGCUCCCGCUGAAGGCGCCCUGGCCGUCAGCCAAUUGGGGCGGAGCAGGACGUGACGUGCGUUCUAGCACAAGGAAGCCCCGGGACUGGCGCGCCAAAUUUCAAAGGACUUCCUCCUGGGAAGGAAAAGAAGGGGAACGAUCAGCCACCGACGACCGACCGAACACAAAACAAAAAAGAAAAAGAAAAAGAUGCAGAAACAAGACGUUUGAUUUCAAAGAUCCGGAGCUGGAUCCGCUGGUGGAGCAGUCGACGGUGUUUGAUCUGCGGGGCGGGUGGAGGAGCAUCACCGAGGGACGUGUCAUUGUUAUCACACACACACACCUCUGCUGUCCCAUCCUGUCAGGCUUCCUACCUGUGAAAGGGCUGAUGUCAGGAGCCUGGGAUUUUAAUCUCUGUCUGUCACUCUCACACACACACACACACACACACACACACACACACACACACACACACACACACACACACACACACACACACACACACAGGUGACAGCUGUUUAAACUGGAAAUAUUAAACGUCAGAACUCAAGCUAAAAAGUCACGGCUGUCAAGUUUUUUUUUUUUUUUUUUGUCAGGUUUUUCAGAUGGAGUGUUUUUUUUUUUUUUUUUUUUUUAAUGUUCACUGCAGCUUUUGAUUAGGCAGUGCACGGUGCGGUCCAUGUCACUGAAGCUCUUUAUUCUCCAAAUCCAUCUUCACACAGCCUCCACUCCACGGGGGGGGAUUUAUUCAGUUUGAGUUGGAGCUAACAACCCCCUUCACCUGCUUAUACAGUGCUCCAUAUCUCCCCGUUAUUUAUUCAUGUAUUCGCAGCGGGGCACAGUCAUCGGCUCUCCAUGCUAAUGCAAACACCUGUUUGUCAAAGCUGCACCACCUGCCUGUAACCUUCACACUCUUGGAGCAUUUUAUCUUGCUGCGUAGCUUAAUGUUCGCACUCUUUGGUCCAAUGUCUUCAGCUUAACUCCCGUCCACUAGCAAAAAGACUUGUGUCCAAGAAUGGAUGGCAGCCUCCUGUAAGUCAGGGCCGGGCACAGAAAGGGUGUGGCCUCAGGGCGGGGGCAGGCGGGGGCCCGGCGGUGGCAGACAAGCGAACCCUCCGGCCAUGCCGUCGGGGGUGCAGCCGUGCUUCCAGUUGCUCCGGAUCGGCUCGUCGGCCGGGGACUCGGCUCGGGACCUGUACACGUUCAGGCCGGCGCUGAGCCACUCUGUAUUCCGGCUGGGCCGUGCUGCGGAGCUAUGUGACGUCACGCUGGAGUCCACGUCAGUGUCGCGGAUCCACGCCGAGCUGCACGCAGAGAGGGAGGCGGGCGAGGGCGCUGCAACGUCGCAGGAGGAGGGCUGGAGGGUCCACGUCAAGGACAGGAGCAGUCAUGGCACCUGGGUCAAUGAGGUCCGCCUCCAGCCCAGCGUCCAGUGGGAGCUCUCAGACGGCGACACGCUGACCUUCGGCGGCCAGUCGCCCCCCGGGAGCCCCGAGUUCUACUUCCUCUUCCAGAAGGUCAAAGUUCGCCCGCUGGACUUCGACGCCAUCACCAUUCCAAAGGCGGGAACCUUCUCCUCCGACUUGCAGAACCGCAUCAGGACCAACCUGGACCGCAAGGUGGCCGCCAACCUGGACCUGUCCAAGCUGUCCAUCAACCGGGCCACCGUCAUCCUCAACUCCAUCGGCAGCCUGAGUAAAAUGAAGGGCAGCGCCUGGACCUUCAAGAGGAGCCUCAGCCACGGGGGGACCGCCUCGGACCCCGGCUCCUCCUCAUCGCCUCCCCUGGCCACGGGUUUGUCAUCCCUGCUGCCGCCCUCGACGCCUCCACCGUUCUCCACCGCCGCUUUGGCGCCCUCCGCCAAGUCCCUCCAGCCGACCUCCAGGAGCAGGAGGAAGUCGGCUCACACGGUGCUGCUCGAGGACGACAGCUCAGACGAGCCCAGGAGACGAGGAGCUCCAGCAGGAGUCAUGGAGGAUGGCCAGAGGUCGAGGGGGAAGAAGAGGCGGCGGCUCUACAAGUCCGAGUCAGAGACUUUUAGCUCCCCGCUUCCUCUGCCGCUGCAGCCCAAGAUCCACGAGGACGUCCGGCGGCCGCUGGAGGCCAAGCCAUUCCCCGUCGGCAUCAGGACCAUCGGCAGUUUCCACGGCGCCAUGACCAACAGCAGACUCAACCACCACCACCACCACCUCCUCCAGGCCUCAUUCGCCAACACCACGGUCCACAAGCAGGAGGUGCGGCGGGUCCAGACGGUGCUGCACGGCAGCGUCGCAACCUUUCGCCAACAGAAAGUGGUGCACGGCCCUCCGGCGGCGCAGAGGGGCAGGAGGAGGGCUCACAGCUCCCCGGUGUUCUCCCCUCUGGUGGUAGGAGGGGAGAACUACAGCCUGGCCUCACCUUCAGUGAGGAUCUGCACGGAGGAGAGAGGCCAGGUGCAGUUCAACAGAUAUAACCAUCCUAGCAGUAAGCGUCGAGGUCGCCCCCGAAAACACCCGCUCCCUCCCCGUCCCUCCCUGCCCUCCCCGUCCUCCUCGUCGUCCUCCUCCACUUCCUCCGCCUCCUCCUCCUCCGGCUCCUCAUCGUCCUCCUCUGACUCCGACGAUGACGAAGAGGAGGAGGAGGGGGCGGCGGCUACAGGCGGGACUGUGGAGCCGUGUGCGGCGCCGCGGUGCCGGCUGCCCCAGCAGGACACGGUGCAGUGGAUCCAGUGCGACGUGUGCGACGCCUGGUACCACAUAGACUGUCUGCACGUGGACCGCAAGAAGCUCCUGAGGGACCCCAACGCCGACUUCCACUGCGGAUGUCGCUGAUGUGACCAUUAAAUGAGACGCUCGCCACAUUUUCCCGCCUUAAAUGUUUAUUUCCUUUAUCCGCACUCAACAGACAUUUUAUUGAAGAAAGAAAACAAGGUUUCCUUGGAUUUUUUUGUUUUCUCCAUCCUGAUCUUCCCAAGGUUAAGGAUUUGUGUCCUAACAGUGUCGCUCAGCUCCAGGGCUAAAAGACACGGUGAAAUGUUUCUGAGCUCCGUGGCUGUCGUUGACCAGGAGGACAGGCAGCGUUCAGGAACGAUUCAUGAAAUGACUCGCAUCAGGCCGCCUCGGCGGUUUAAUGUGGUCUAUACAUUCAACUUUACCAGACGUUCUCUUGUGCGGCCACCUUCGACCUUCACUGACCUUUUACGUGCUUUUACCUCGCCAAAAGGAAGGCGACGUUUGUACUUUCCCACCUUGCCGUUGAUAAAACCUCUGUGAAAAGUUUUGGUGCAGCAAUUGAUGUUUUUGAGACAAUUAAACUCUAAAAUGUAUCGACAGACUCGCUGUAGCUGAUGAUGUGGUGCUCGAGGGAGGAUGAUAAUCAAAUGUUUAAAGCUGGAUGAUCUUUUUUUUUGUGCAUGCACUGGUGACUGUUGUUGUAAGACGUCUGAGUGCAGGCGGACGGUGCUGCUGCUCUGGGAGGGGCUCAUCACCAGGGAGAUGUCAUGAAAUAUCAAUCGCCAACGUCACAGAUUCAGGAAGUCGUGUCCUGAGGGGGGGGGUCUGAAAGGACUUCUCUUCACACUACUGAACUCUCGGGCCAAAGUGGACACAGAUGUCCCCACACACACUCCCAGGUGCUGCUCAAAGGAACUCCAGAUUCUUCCCUUAAGCACCUUUUUCUAUUAUUUAAAUUUUGGCACGAAAGUGUGUAAAAAGGGCGUCGACCAAAUUUGACUUCGAUAAUACCACUAUGCGUGUUUUUGUGUAUUUUUUUCAAGUGGGAGAAAAUGUAGAAAAAUUUGAUUCUUGAGCAAUAAAUAAGAAAAAAAUCUUAUAAACCUCUUUCAAACUAUGUAUAUUUUUUUAAAACUUGUAAUAGCAGAAUUAAGACUAAUGAUUGGUUAAAUAACCAUCUAUGGCUUCACCGAUGGUUCCAGACCGAUGACUAAAUCCAAAAAUCAAACCCAAAAAAGGGGUUCUGUAAACUAUUAUUGCAGUAUAACUAGUCAAAUGUUCCAGCUUCACUUGAAAUAUGAGUUUUUCACAACCAACAAAAACAAAUUGUUAUUAAUACUUUAGCAAUACAAUAACAACCUGAUACUAAAACAGAUUUGAAGGACCUGUCAGUUACUGAAAUGUAAAAGAAAAAAAGUUUUGUGUUUUUCAUCCACCAUAAAAAGUGU